AGAUAUACACUUUUUGUUCAAAUCGAUAAAUCGAGUUAACCAAAUCUGCAUUCGGUUCGGUUCGAUUCGAUUCGGUAGAAAACGCCCAACCCUACCUGAAAGGCUGUAACUAACCAAAACCUAACCCUCUGACCUCUAGAGAGGUUCUCCUACUGAAGAAUUUUGGCUACGACUCUAUAGUCUUAAAUGAGCCUGCAAGAGAGUAACCAAAUCUCCAAGCACCAACACAGAAACCGAAACAAAUUCAGAGCUCUCUUCUUCACUUGCGAUUCUCUACCAUAUUUUGAAAAUCUCCCUCUUAUCUCAUUAUUUUUGCUUGCUCUCUCAGAUUUGAAACUCCCUCUCAUCUCUCUCAUCUCUUUCCUGUGAUCGUGGAUUGAGAUGGAGAGCAGCUUACCCACGACGGUUUCGUCCAAAUCAGAACGACGAGGAAGAUCCUCCAAAUCUCAGAAUACCUCCAAGCCUUCAGUUAUCAUGGCUUUCUUCUCUUGCGUCGCUUGGCUCUACGUCGCUGGUCGGUUAUGGCAAGAUGCGGAGAAUAGAGUAGUACUCAAUAAUAUGCUUAAGAAGAAUUAUGAUCAGAGGCCUAAGGUUCUUACUGUGGAUGACAAGCUGAUGGUUUUAGGAUGCAAAGAUCUUGAGAGGAAAAUUAUUGAGACUGAAAUGGAGUUGACUCUUGCAAAGAGUCAAGGCUAUCUGAAAAACAAGAAAAGUGGUUCGUCUUCAGGGAAGAAAUUGCUUGCUGUGAUAGGAGUCUAUACUGGCUUUGGAAGUCAUCUGAGGCGAAAUACGUUUAGAGGAUCUUGGAUGCCACAAGGUGAUGCUUUGAGGAAACUUGAGGAAAGAGGAGUUAUCAUACGUUUUGUGAUUGGUCGAAGUCCAAACCGAGGUGAUAGCCUAGAUCGAAAAAUUGACGAGGAAGAUCGAGCAAGAAAAGAUUUUCUGAUUCUUGAAAAUCACGAGGAGGCCCAAGAAGAGCUACCCAAGAAAGUGAAGUACUUCUUCAGUGCUGCUGUUCAAAACUGGGAUGCAGAGUUUUACAUCAAAGUUGAUGACAAUAUUGACCUAGAUCUUGAGGGGUUGAUUGGUCUACUUGAAAGCCGGCGUGGUCAAGACGCUGCUUACAUUGGGUGCAUGAAGUCUGGCGAAGUUGUUGCUGAAGAGGGAGGGCAAUGGUAUGAGCCAGAAUGGUGGAAAUUUGGGGAUGAAAAAUCGUACUUCCGUCAUGCAGCUGGAUCGUUGUUAAUACUAUCCAAGAAUUUGGCUCAGUAUAUAAACAUAAACAGUGGAUCAUUGAAGACAUAUGCAUUUGAUGAUACCUCUAUAGGAUCUUGGAUGAUUGGUGUUCAGGCAACUUAUAUAGACGACAAUCGUCUUUGCUGUAGCAGCAUUAGACAAGACAAGGUGUGUUCUGUGGCUUGAUCAAAGGAGAUAUAAUAGUCUCUUCCAACAAAACCUAUGGUGUAUUCAUGGCGUUUCUAAUAUGUUACUUGUUUCGUUGUUGGUAAUAUAGAGCAAUAUACCCAAGAAUUUUAGCCAGCAUAGGUGUAAAAAAGAAAAGGAACAUUAUUAGUUACAACUGACCAAAAAUAGUGGACUUGGUUAGAUUCCAUCCCAGCUUCGAACUAUAGUUUGAGUGAUGGAGUGACUUAGUUGGAACUUCUCCGUGAAAAAAUAUUACUUGCUUUUUCUUA